AUGCCAAUUCUAAGCUCUUCAGGAUCAAAAAUGGCAGCCUGUGGAGGCACCUGCAAGAACAAAGUGACUGUCUCCAAGCCUGUGUGGGACUUCCUGAGCAAGGAGACCCCCGCCCGGCUGGCCCAGCUCCGGGAGGAGCACCACGUGUCCAUUCUCAUCGACGGCGAGACUUCUGACAUCUAUGUUCUCCAGCUUUCCCCCCAGGGCCCGCCCCCCGCCGCUCCCAAUGGGCUCUACCUGGCCAGGAAGGCCCUCAAGGGGCUGCUCAAAGAGGCAGAGAAAGAGCUCAAGAAAGCUCAGAGGCAGGGGGAGCUUAUGGGCUGCCUGGCUUUGGGGGGUGGAGGGGAGCACCCUGAGCUGCACCGCCCAGGCCCGCCCCCUCUCCGGGCAGCCCCACUCCUGCCCCCAGGGGCCCGGGGGCUUCCCCCGCCUCCUCCUGCCCUGCCCCCUCCCCUCCCUCCCCGCCUUCGGGAAGAGGCUGACGAGCAGGAGAGCACCUGCCCCAUCUGUCUGGGAGAGAUCCAGAACGCCAAGACCCUGGAGAAGUGCCGGCACUCGUUCUGCGAGGGCUGCAUCACCCGGGCCCUGCAGGUGAAGAAGGCCUGUCCCAUGUGUGGCCGCUUCUAUGGGCAGCUGGUGGGCAACCAGCCCCAGAACGGGCGGAUGCUGGUCUCCAAGGACGCCACGCUCCUGCUGCCCAGCUAUGAGAAGUAUGGUACCAUCGUCAUCCAGUACGUCUUCCCGCCCGGUGUCCAGGGGGCUGAACACCCAAACCCAGGAGUUCGGUAUCCUGGCACUACUCGGGUGGCCUACCUCCCGGACUGCCCCGAGGGCAACAAGGUGCUGACCCUGUUCCGCAAGGCGUUUGACCAGCGUCUCACCUUCACCAUUGGCACCUCCAUGACCACAGGGAGACCGAAUGUCAUCACUUGGAACGACAUCCACCACAAGACCAGCUGCACAGGGGGACCGCAGCUGUUUGGGUACCCGGACCCCACCUACCUGACCCGGGUGCAGGAGGAGCUGAGAGCCAAGGGCAUCACGGAUGACUGA